AUGGGCGGAGAAACCACGAAGCCAAAGGUCGCCGAGACCCAAUACCCGAUCCGCGCACCGGCUCCCGUCGGCAAGCGGAUCACACACAUAUACAAAGAACGUAUCACUCAGUUCUACUCUUCGGGACAAUGGGAAAGCCAGAAUCUGCUGGCUAUGAUGUACGAGGGCGUGGCUUCCGGGGGCCCUCAUGUCCACCUUUCUACCUGGGCCGCCCCGGGACUCACGAGACCGACCUUUGCCGAGGCGGCGGCUGGCUCGUAUAAGCCCACCUCGGUUGGGGAGUCAUUCGGCCCUUCUUGGGCUACUCACUGGUUCAAGGUGGUGCUCCGCGUUCCCGCCGAUCUCCGCGACAAGGAGCACUUGGAGUUCCACUGGGACUCCAAUAGCGAAGCAAUGGUUUGGACCGACGACGGAAAGCCCCUGCAGGGUCUGACCGGCGGGGGCGAACGUGUCGAGUGGAUCCUCCCGGAUUCUUUCCGUGACGGCAAGGAACACACCAUCUACGUCGAGAUGGCGUGCAACAUGAUGUUCGGCAACCCGUCCGGAGAUAUCAUCCAGCCCCCUGAGCCUAACAGGAGCUUCCAACUCGUCAGGGCCGACAUCCGUGCCGUCAACCUGGACGCCCGGCAAUUGUGGAUCGAUACCUGGAUAAUUGGCGACGCUGCUAGAGAAUUUCCCGAAGAUUCCUGGGAGCAACACAAAGCGCUGAACGUCGUCACUAACAUCAUCGACUCUUAUGUACUUGGUGACAAAGACUCGAUCAAGCGGUGUCGCAAGAUUGCGCAUGAGUACAUUGGGGCCAAUAUUGAUUCUUCUAAGGUCUAUGAUAGCGGGCUUACCCCCCAGGUCUUCGGCAUAGGCCACUGUCACAUCGACACCUGCUGGCUAUGGCCGUGGGCCGAGACAAAAAGAAAGGUUGUCAGAUCGUGGUCGAGUCAGUGCAACCUCAUGGAUCGGUACCCGGAAUUCAACUUCGCGUGCUCCCAGGCGCAGCAAUACAAAUGGCUGAAGGCCUACUAUCCGUAUGCUUUCGAUCGGGUGAAGCAGAAGGUUAAAGAAGGUCGAUUUCAUCCAAUUGGCGGUAGUUGGGUCGAACACGACACGAAUUUGCCGAGCGGCGAGUCUCUCGUCCGCCAAUUCCUAUACGGGCAGCGGUUCUUCGAGAGCAAUUUCGGGGAGCGAUGCCGCACCUUCUGGCUCCCCGACACCUUCGGGUACUCGAGCCAACUUCCCCAGAUCUGUCGUCUAGCCGGUAUGGAGUAUUUCCUCACGCAGAAGCUCAGUUGGAAUAACAUCAACAACUUCCCCCACACCACCUUCAAUUGGGUUUCUCCGGACGGGAGCCAAGUCAUCUGUCACAUGCCGCCCUCUGAGACUUACACGUCCAACGCGGAGUUCGGCGAUGUCAAGCGAAGCGUCUCCCAGCACAAGUCGAUGGAUCAAGACCACACAUCGCUCAUAGUUUUUGGUAAAGGUGAUGGUGGUGGUGGCCCAACUUGGCAGCAUAUUGAGAAGCUGCGACGCUGCCGUGGCAUGAGUGACCAGGUUGGCCGUCUGCCUAGAGUGCACCUGGGCAAUACUGUUGACGACUUCUUCGACAAGCUCCGGGAAAAAGCUGACACCUUGGUAACCUGGUACGGCGAGCUCUACUUCGAACUUCACCGUGGUACCUACACUACUCAAGCGAACAACAAGCGCUACAACCGGCAGUCAGAGUUCUUACUACGCGAACUCGAGCUACUAGCGACUGUCGCAUCGUUGAAGGACAGCACCUACAAAUACCCGAAAGAAAAGCUCGACGAGAUGUGGGAGGCGGUCCUUCUCUGUCAAUUCCACGACUGUCUCCCCGGAAGUUCCAUCGAAAUUUGUUACGAUGACUCGGACGAGCUAUACGCCCAGGUAUUUAAGACGGGGCAGGAAAUAUACGACGAUAUAUACUCCCUUUGGGGGAUCUCGCAGACCGUAACCGCCGCCGACAGCGUACCUAUAGCUCUAAAUACGCUUCCCUGGGACCGAAAGGAGUUUGUCAACCUCCCGAACGGUGCAGUCGGUGUUGCGAGCGGCGGCGGGGGCGUCAUCGACGUCCAGCCGUUCAAGGCGGGGGCAACCAAGGCUGUCACCGUUGAGGAAAUCGGCGACGGCGUUUUUGUCCUGCAGAACGACCAAUUGACUGUACAGGUCGAGGAUGGCUGCAUUACUUCCCUCGUCGAUCGCCAGGUUGGGCGAGAAAUUAUCGCGAAGGGGGAGAAAGCCAACCAGCUCGUCAUCUUUGACGAUAAGCCAUUGUACUGGCAAGCAUGGGACGUUGAGGUUUAUCAUCUGGACACGCGCAAAGUGCUCCCCUAUGGCAAGACCCGGAUCUACGAGGACGGAGACCACCGGGUCAGCGUCUUGACCGAAGCCAAGAUCAGCGAGAAUAGCUCGAUCAAGACAUUCUUGACGUUGUCCGCUGCCUUCGAAGGCCAGCAGUCAUACGUCGAAUGCACUUCCCUCGUGGAUUGGCACGAGACUAUGAAAUUCCUCAAGGUCGAGUUCCCCGUAGACGUGAGAAAUACCGAGGCGUCCUAUGAAACCCAAUACGGAGUCGUCAGGCGCCCUACCCAUUACAACACUACCUGGGACAUGGCCAAAUUCGAGGUGUGCUGUCACAAAUUUGCCGACUUGUCGGAACACGGUUACGGUGUCUCGAUUCUCAACGACUCCAAAUAUGGCUUCGCUACUUGUGGUAAUCUCAUGCGCCUGUCCCUCCUGCGGUCUCCGAAGGCGCCCGACGCACACGCGGACAUGGGCAGCCACACGAUUCGCUGGGCCAUCUUGCCGCACCAGGGCGAGCUGAGCGCCACGACCGUCCGCGCCGGAUACAACUUCAACCACCCAAUCAAGCCACUAUCGGUGCCCAAGAAAUCGUCAGCCCACGCCGCGCUCUCCAAACUCCCCAUCCGGCUAACGGGCGACGACUCGCUGGUGCUAGACUGCGUGAAGCGCGGCGAGGACGACGAGGACGUGUCCUACGACAGCGGGAUCCCGCCGCGCAAGGGGCAGAGUGUCGUCAUCCGCAUCUUCGACAGCCUGGGCGGCCGUAGCGCGGGGACCGUGUCGACGACCUGGAACGUGAGCAAGGUGUUCAAGACCAACAUCCUCGAGGAUGACGGCGAAGAGAUCGAGAUCGACCACGACGGCACCUUCAAGGUCACCCUCCGGCCUUUCGAGGUCGCCACCUACCGGCUACAGUUAUAUCCUUCUGGCGGCUCGAAGUAGGAGAGGUCUAGUUAGGUUUAAAGGUCUUGGAAGCUUGCGCUCUUUAGGUGGUUUCUAGUAGUAUACGAGGCACGCCUACGAAAAGGACGAGGGGGACUCCAUAGGGGGCAGCAGGCGGCGGCUAUGUGGGUUGGCCAUACGUCGCUGGUGUAUAGCUGAAUAUUUGGGGGGGUGAACAUAUUGCGAGCCUGGAUCCCUCGCGCGUUAGGGAUAGGUCGGUUGCUCACGGAGGGUGUCUUGUGUAUGCAGAGCGCAGCGUAAAAAUUGGGAGUAUGAAGAAAUGAAUGAACCAGAUCUCAUCGGUUCACCGUAGUCGCCCGUCUAAAUAAAUUUCCGCGCCGAUCUAGGAUAUCACGCGCCAUCUAUUUUAUCGCUUGCCCUGCUGAGGGGGGCUCAGCGUGCCUUAGGAAUUGAUUAUACGUUUUCAUAGC